AUUGCUUCUUGGGCCGAGGCCAUGAAGCUGCUCGACGAAGAGCAGAUGCGCUGGACGGCGAAAGAGCUGCUGGAGCAGUACCUCAAGUUCAGGCGGGAGGCCGAGGAGGGAGACGGCAACAGCAAGAAGGCAAAGAACAAGAGGAAGAAGGUGAAGGAUCCCUCCAAGCCGAAGCAGCCCAUGUCGGCCUACUUCCUCUACUCGCAGGAGAGGCGUGCCGCGCUGGCCGCCGAGAAGAAGAGUGUGCCUGAGAUUGGUAAGAUCACAGGGGAAGAGUGGAAGGGCAUGACGGAGGCUCAGAAGGCUCCUUACGAGGAGGCUGCGAGGAAGCAGAAGGAGGGAUACCAGAAGCAGAUGGAGGUGUACAAGCAGAAGAAGCUUGAGGAAAACGCGAGCUUAGAGAAGGAAGAAGAGGAGCAGAAGAAAAUCCUCAAGCAGGAGGCUCUGCAGCUUCUUAGGAAGAAGGAGAAGGCAGACAACAUCAUCAAGAAAACCAAAGAGAAGCGUCAGAGGAAGAAGCAGCAGCAGAACGCCGACCCGAACAGGCCCAAGAGGCCCGCGUCUUCCUUCCUGCUCUUCAGCAAGGAGGCUAGGAAGCAGCUGGCGGAGGAGCGCCCCGGGGUGAACAACACGACGCUGAGCGCGCUCAUCUCGGUGAAGUGGAAGGAUCUGAGCGGCGCGGAGAAGAAGGUGUGGAGCGAGAAAGCGGCCCAGGGGAUGGCGGCGUACAAGAGGGAAAUGGACGAGUACACCAAAGCUCACACCUCCGCCUCCUCAUCACCUGUUGCUUAGGGUGCUGUGUUGUCGCGGUGCCACUAGGUUCAACUGUUACUUGAGUUGAACUAUGAACACUCAAGGAUUCUCGUCUCUGAAUCCUGACUGAGGGAAGAUGUAGCCAAAUAGACCUCUAGUACUGGAGUGAGGUUAUUUUCUGUGUCCUGCAUGCAUGGUUGUUGCAGCAAACUGCAUAAUGCAAAAUGCUUGGGAAAAUUUCGACAACUCCAUUGGAGCCGGGUUAAAAUCGUCCGAGUUUACAUCAGUUGUACAAGUACAAAAGAAGCUUUUGCUCCCAUCCCAUGUACUACCCUACUUUGGUACCGGCCUUCCAGGCAGGAUGAUGCAACAAGACAC